AUGAAAGGACUCUAUGAUAACAGUACAAGUAUAGCUGUUAAAAUAAUCGAUACAAGGAAAUUGUUCUCACCAACAAGUAUUGUGAAGACGCUCAAAUAUCAUUCAACAAUAAGAAGGAUUGCUAACUAUGCAUCGUCCAACAGUUACACUAGCCAUGUCGUUGACAUUGGUCACUUUAGAAUAUUUGUCACAGAAUUCUGCGAUGGUGGAGACUUGCUACAGAAAAUCAAACGAAUGAAGCGAGUACCAGAGCCGGAAUCCAAAUGUCUCUACUUGCAAAAAUGCGACAUCGUUCAUCGCGAUUUGAAAUGCGAGAACGUGCUUCUCGAUCGAAGUGAAAAUGUGAAGCUGGGCGACUUUGGAUUUGCUCGCUAUCUGAGGCCACACGAGAAAGCAAAUACCUUCUGUGGAAGUAGAGCUUAUGUGGCUCCCGAAAUUCUCAGAGCGAUUGCAUACACUGGUCAAACGGUUGAUAUCUGGAGCGCCGGUGUUGUUCUGUACGUACUGUAA